UCAUGAAGUGAUUCGGUUCAGUACGUUCACUCAAAAGAUUCGUUCGUUCGAACGAAUCGUUCGCGAACGACACAACAUUACAAGCGAGUAAUUCAACAUGGCGGCUCGCCUAAUAACACAAAUGGGCUUCGGUGCCCUUUAUUCUAGUGUCUGUGCUCCAAAGCAGGCACUGAGGAUCUGCUGGGGCGCUGUGGAGCAAGUAAGAGGUUACUACGUCGACUGGAAGAUGCUGAGAGAUGUCAAGAGGAGAAAGAUGGCCUUCGAUUAUGCUGAUGAGAGGCUACGCGUCAACUCUCUGAGGAAGAACACCAUCUUACCCAAAGAACUUCAGGAGUUGGCGGAUAAAGAAAUCGCCGCAUUCCCCCGAGACUCAUGUCCUGUGAGAAUCCGCAACAGGUGUGUGAUGACAUCCCGGCCGAGAGGAGUGAAGCGCAGAUGGCGACUCAGCCGAAUCGUCUUCCGUCACCUGGCGGACUACAGCCAGUUGUCUGGGAUUCAGAGGGCGAGGUGGUGAUUUAGGAGGACGGUGGGCAAUGACCCACAGACUUUUGUUUUGGACAUUUCUGUCACAAAUGAAUCACAACCCAAAAGUUAAUUCAAUAGCAUCUUAUCUGAAUUCUGUGCAGCACAGCGCUUCAGCUGACUUGACUUUCAACGUUUUUUGGACAGUACAGUAUGUUCCCACCCCCCAAACAACCUCAAAAAAACAUAGCAGCAUAUUUAAGGAUAACAUGUUCUUCACCUAACAUUUUCAAAUAUGAUUUAAUAAAUAUUGUACGUAUUUA